CCGGUCGUGAGAAACAUGAGCUGCCAAGAGUUUCCGAAGGCAGAAGAAAAGGGCAAGCAAGUUAUUUUUAAGAAGUGUCGGAGGUCAGGAGGAACUCGAAAGGAAAAUUUAACGAGCCUGCCUCAGCGGGCUGGACACGUUUUGCCGGGAAAUCGGAAAUCAUCAGAGGGGAAAGUUCAUGAGGGGAGAAUCAAACACAAAGAGUUGGCGGGAGUUUAUGCCUUGACAGUUUGGAGCGAAAAGGGGUGCAUAGAACUAAUCAAGAGAAUUGUGAAUGGAUGCGAAAAGGCGGAAUGGUGGCCCGCUGGUGGGAGGAGCCUCGCAGGCCAAGCGGGGGAAAAUGGGCGGGGAGUGGGAUGAGACCCCCUCCCUCUUCGAGGAGGAGCUGGCCAUGCUGGACGAAGCAGAUAUGGAGAUGGAGUCAAUGGAAGGCCAGGCUGGACACGACGUCAUCCCUGUUGGAGACCUCUUCUCGGCUGAUCUGAACCCACGCUGGCGUCGCCCUCACGCGCCUCCGUUGGACCCCGAUGCAGACAAACUCAUUUUCCAACAGAUAGAGCUAGACUACUACUUAGGAUCUGCGGUGGAGGGGAUGCCCGGUCAGUCUCAGGGCAGCGUCCCCAUCAUCAGGAUGUUUGGAGUCACAGACAAUGGCAACUCGGUGUGCUGUCAUGUCCAUGGCUUCGCCCCCUAUUUCUACACUCCUGCUCCCGCUGGUUUUUCCAUCUCUCAUCUGAGUGACUUUAAGAAGGAGCUGAAUGCUGCUGUACUGAAGGAUAUGCGCUCCAAUAAGGACAACCUGUCUGUCACUGUGCUUGCUGUGGACAUUACGCGUAAAGAGAGCAUGUACGGCUUCCAUGGCAAACAGCCGCAGGAGUUCCUGCGCAUCACCAUGGCAACACCACGACUAAUCGCCCCAGCCAAACGACUUUUGGAGCAGGGCUUUAAAUUUGGUCCAUUUUCCAUCCAGAGUUAUCAAUCCUACGAGGCCAACAUAGACUUUGAGAUCAGGUUCAUGGUGGACAGCGAUGUGGUGGGCUGCUCCUGGGUCGAGCUGCCUGCAGGGAAGUACAGAGUGAGAGAGGAGAGGGGCACGGGGGAGGUGGCCUCUCGCCACCCAGGCAAGGUGUCUCUCUGUCAGUACGAGGUGGAUGUGGGCUGGACAGACCUGAUCAGUCACGCCGCAGAGGGAGACUGGCAGAGGAUUGCCCCGCUCAGGGUGCUGAGCUUUGACAUUGAGUGCGCCGGCAGAAAAGGCAUUUUCCCCGAGCCUGACAAGGAUCCGGUGAUCCAGAUCGCCUCCAUGGUGCAGCGGCAGGGGGAGAAGGAGCCCUUCAUCCGCACCGUCUUCACCCUGCAGUCGUGCGCCAGCAUCGUGGGCUCCCAGCUGCUCUGCUUCACCCAGGAGAAGCAGCUGCUGCAGAGCUGGGCAGAGUUCGUCAGGACGGUGGAUCCUGACAUCAUCACUGGCUACAACAUCCAGAAUUUUGACUUCCCCUACCUUCUGAACAGAGCGGCUGCGCUGAAGGUGAAUCUGUUCCCCUACCUGGGUCGAGUGCGGGGGAUCAAGUCAGUGCUGCGGGACUUGAACUUCCAGAGCAAGCAGAUGGGCCGGAGGGAGAACAAGACUGUGAACAUGGAGGGCAGGGUGCAGUUUGACCUGCUGCAGGUGUUGCUGAGAGACUACAAGCUGCGCUCUUACACCCUGAACGCCGUCAGCUUCCACUUCCUGCAGGAGCAGAAGGAGGACGUGCAACACUCCAUCAUCACAGACCUGCAGAACGGUAACGAGCAGACGCGGCGGAGGCUGGCGGUGUACUGCCUGAAGGACGCCUACCUCCCCCUGCGGCUCCUGCAGAAGCUCAUGUGUGUCAUUAACUACAUGGAGAUGGCCAGGGUCACGGGCGUGCCCCUCAGCUACCUGCUCUCACGAGGACAGCAGAUCAAAGUGGUGUCCCAGCUGCUCCGACAGGCGAUGAAGCAGGACCUGGUGAUGCCGGUAGUGAAGACAGAGGGAGGGGAAGACUACACUGGGGCCACUGUCAUCGAGCCCGAGAAAGGGUACUACAACAUACCCAUCGCGACCCUGGACUUCUCCUCCCUGUACCCCUCUAUCAUGAUGGCCCACAACCUCUGCUACACCACCCUGCUCAAGAAGGGCUCAGCGGAGAAACUGGGCCUUUCUCCGGAGGACUUCAUCAAGACACCCACGGGAGACUACUUUGUGAAGAGCUCUGUGAGGAAGGGGCUUCUGCCAGAGAUCCUGGAGAACCUGCUGUCUGCCAGAAAGAGGGCAAAGGCGGACCUGAAGAAGGAGACGGACCCCUUUAGGAAGCAGGUAUUGGACGGCAGACAGCUGGCCCUGAAGAUCAGUGCGAACUCUGUGUAUGGAUUCACCGGCGCCCAGGUGGGCAAGCUGCCCUGUUUGGAAAUCUCUCAGAGCGUCACUGGAUUUGGAAGACAGAUGAUUGAGCAAACUAAACAGCUUGUGGAAUCCAAGUACAUCAUAAGCAACGGUUAUCCAGCUGAUGCCAAGGUGAUCUACGGGGACACGGACUCAGUUAUGGUGAAACUGGGCGUGUCCACGGUGAAGGAGGCCAUGGAGGUGGGCCGGGAGGCAGCUGAAUGGGUCUCCAGUCACUUUGUCCCUCCCAUCAAGCUGGAGUUUGAAAAGGUGUAUUACCCGUACUUACUGAUCAACAAGAAGCGCUAUGCUGGCCUGUAUUUCUCCUCUAAUCCAGACACCCAUGACAAGAUGGACUGCAAAGGAAUAGAGACAGUGCGCAGAGACAACUGCCCCCUUGUGGCCAAUCUGAUCAACACCUGUCUGCAGAACAUUCUGAUAGAGAGGGACCCCCAGGGGGCGGUAGAGCACGCCAAGGAGGUUAUCUCAGACCUGCUGUGUAACCGCAUUGACAUCUCCCAGCUGGUCAUCACCAAGGAGCUGACCAGGACUGCACAAGAGUAUGCUGGGAAACAGGCCCAUGUGGAGCUGGCUGAGAGAAUGAGGAAGAGGGAUGCAGGCAGUGCCCCAAAUCUGGGAGACCGAGUACCCUACGUCAUCAUCAAAGCAGCCAAAGGAGUAGCAGCUUACAUGAAGUCUGAGGACCCGAUCUAUGUGCUGGAGAACAACAUCCCCAUAGACACACAGUACUACCUGGAGCAGCAGCUCUCCAAGCCCCUGCUGAGAAUCUUUGAGCCCAUCCUGGGAGAAAGCAAAGCUGAGAGCAUUCUGCUGAAGGGCGACCACACGCGCUGCAAGACCGUGCUGACCUCCAGAGUCGGAGGCCUCAUGGCCUUCGCCCAGAAGAGGAGCACCUGCAUCGGCUGCAAGGCAGUGCUGAAGACUGACGCGGCUGUUUGUGACUUCUGCAAGAAUCGGGAAUCAGAACUGUACCAGAAGGAGAUCUCGCACCUGAGCUCUCUGGAGGAACGCUUUUCCAGGCUGUGGACCCAGUGUCAGCGCUGCCAGGGAUCCCUGCACGAGGACGUCCUCUGUACCAGUCGAGACUGUCCCAUCUUCUACAUGAGGAAGAAAGUACAGAAAGACCUGGAUGACCAGGAGAAGCUGGUGUCCAGGUUUGGAUGGUGAACUCUGCUUUGCACUGUUGCAGGAAGUGGGAGUCACAAAGUCCAGCU